UCUUGUCAUUUGCUUCCACAUCUCCUUUCGCUGGGCGCUGGAGAAGGGAUGACCUGAAAAUCUGGAAGCAAUAAUCACGGCGUGGAGUAAUGGCUUAUCUUCUGGCCAAUCUUUCAUCAUCCACUCUCCUCCAUUCCAAUGGCGUUUCUCAGCAGCAAUCAGCUUUUUCUUUGUGUUUCCAUUCUCAUCCUCACCCCACCAAAACAUCACCCACUCUUCUUCCCCAACUCAAAGUUACCCAGGUCCUACAAAACCCUAAUUGUACUACUUCAUAUUCCUCCGUCGACGAAGAAGACAACAAUAAGAAGGAAACCCAACACAGAAAUGACUUCUACGUUAAUCUCGGCCUAGCAGUCAGGACACUUCGUGAGGACAUCCCUUUAAUCUUCGUCAAGGACCUCAACUACGAUAUAUACAGGGAUGAUGUGACUUUCGUGGACCCUUUGAACACGUUUACAGGAAUUGAGAAAUACAAAUUGAUAUUCUGGGCUUUACGUUUUCAUGGUCGGAUUCUGUUUAGAGAGAUAGCAAUCGAUGUUCUUAGAGUUUGGCAGCCAUCUGAGAACAUGAUACUGAUAAGAUGGAACUUGAGGGGUGUUCCUAGAGUUCCAUGGGAGGCAAAAGGCCAAUUUCAGGGUACCUCACGGUAUAAACUGGACAGAAAUGGUAAAAUUUAUGAGCACAAAGUUGAUAAUUUAGCUUUUAAUUUCCCUCAGAAUUUGAAGCCGGCAGCAUCUGUUCUUGAUUUUGUUGCUGCAUGUCCAGCUAGUCCAAACCCUACUUUCUUCUUGUGGGAUGAUGAUAAUAGUAAUAAUAAUCCUUCUUCAUCAUCAUCAUCAUCUUCUUCUUCAUCUUGGGUGGAGCUUUAUAGGGCUGUGAGGGAGACUUUGGAUCAUCAAACUAGUCACAUAACUUUAGUACACCAUGAUCAAUUGGCUACUUGUUCUUAGGUCAAAGCAAGAUUCUGGAAUUCAGAUCACUUAUAUAUAGUUGAAUUAUAUAUAGAUCCUCAAUUGCCUGUAUGUAUGUAUGUAUACAAACAAGUAUAAUCCCCAGUUAUAAAUAAAGAUAUUGUCUGUUUUUGCUUGGUUCCUAAAAUAUGAUAUCAAAAUCUUAUUGUGCUGCUC